GUACAGAGGCUGUCGGCAGUACUAAGAGCACCGUGGUUGCCAAGAAAAAGACAGUUAAUGCAGUGUUUAAAUUAGUUGAAGAGAUGAGGACAUUCGCGGGUCAUUGGAGUAGAAGGCUAUUAAGAAUCUAAACUGCCGAUGAUAGUUUCAGCUUUUAAGAGUUCUCUUUCUUAUGUCUUUGGGCUUCUAAAAUGUCAUCUGAUUUUUCCUGGUUACUGAAAAUAUUUUUAACAAGUGGACUAUAAUGGAAAAUCCUGGACUAGAGUGUGGUGGCAACAGUUUGUAUGUUAGUGUAAAAUCUGAGUGUCUUCUGUAAUGCUAGUGUUGGUGACUGUCUUUUAUAAGCAAGCCUUCCAAAAUAAUGUUAAAUGAUCCAGAUGAAUGGAAUUAAUUUUUAAUGACAAUACAGUGGUUUGAAUAUAUUAUUGUGUUAGCUUUAGGCUUAGUUAAACUUUUUUUUGAAAGGGAGUUUGGCUUUUUGAAACAUUAAGAACCUAUUGAAGAUUUUUAACACUCUUUUUAAAGGGAUUUUUCUUUGAAACUGAAACUACCCCCCACACCAUUUAUUAGGAUUAUUUGAAACAUCAAAUUAAAUAGUCAUCUUGGACAAAACUAAUGAUAAAAUAAAAAGUGAUUAGGUCUAAGACUUUUCCAGAGCUCUUUUUUACCUUGCCUGACUUUUUUUGAAGUAAAUCAUGAAGAUCUUUGAACAUGUUAUGAAUAAUCUCUACUUAAAUAGAACUACGGGGAAGUGGCACAUUCAGGAUCCAGCAAGCCAGCGGUUGACAUGGAACAAACCUCCCAAGAGUGUCCUUGUUAUCAAAAAGAUUCGUGAUGCUAGUCUGCUACAGCCCUUUAAAGAACUGUGUGUGUAUCUUACUGAGGAGAACAACAUGAUUGUUUAUGUAGAAAAGAAAGUGUUAGAAGACCCAGCCAUAGCUCAUGAUGAAAAUUUUGGACCAGUGAAGAAAAAAUUUUGCACUUUCAGCGAAGAUUAUGAUGAUAUCUCUAAUCAGAUAGACUUCAUCAUAUGCCUGGGAGGAGAUGGGACCUUACUUUAUGCUUCUUCACUUUUCCAGGGUAGCGUACCUCCAGUUAUGGCUUUUCAUCUUGGAUCUCUUGGAUUUCUUACUCCAUUUAACUUUGAGAACUUUCAGUCCCAAGUUACUCAGGUUAUAGAAGGCAAUGCAGCACUUGUUUUGCGGAGCAGGCUGAAAGUGAGAGUAGUAAAGGAGCACAGAGAGAAGAAAGUGAUACAAAAUGGUAUAGAAGAAAAUGGAAUGGUACCUACAAGUCUAGAGAAAGAAGUGGUCAAGCAAAUCAUGCAAUAUCAGGUCCUAAACGAAGUUGUUGUCGAUCGUGGUCCUUCCUCCUACCUUUCCAACGUAGAUGUUUAUCUGGAUGGGCACCUUAUAACCACAGUGCAAGGAGAUGGCGUUAUCGUUUCCACACCGACUGGUAGCACUGCUUAUGCUGCUGCAGCUGGAGCUUCAAUGAUUCAUCCAAAUGUUCCUGCAAUCAUGAUCACCCCAAUCUGUCCUCACUCAUUGUCCUUCAGACCCAUUGUUGUCCCUGCAGGAGUGGAGCUCAAGAUUACACUGUCCCCUGAUGCCCGGAAUACAGCAUGGGUUUCAUUUGAUGGGAGGAAGAGACAGGAAAUCUGCCAUGGAGACAGUAUUAGCAUCACUACCUCUUGCUAUCCCCUUCCUUCAAUCUGUUUCCGAGAUCCUGUGAGCGACUGGUUCGAAAGCCUGGCUGAGUGUUUACACUGGAACGUUCGGAAGAAGCAAAAUAACUUUGCUGUUGAAGAAGAAGAAUUUUGAAUGUUGAAAGCUAACGAUGCUCAUGUGGUUUAAUGUGGCAGUAUCCCUUGUGAUAAAAUUUUGGUUUUAAAGCCUGUAGCUCCUGGGAAUAAACACAAUAGACACAUAUUUUAAACAGUGAUGUACCUCAUAUCAGUCAGAUCUGCUGAUGACCAGAAGUGAUCACGUUAUAUCCAAUCCACUGGCAGUAGGAAUUCAAGGUUUAAAAAUCUGACUCUUGCCAUCUAAACUUAAUUUUUUUUAUUUUAAAAUUUUAAAAUGGGUUGAAAUUGCUAAUCAGCAGGGCUGUCCCUAGGGGGGGUGGGGCACAAAUCAGGGCAACCGUCCUGGGCCCUGCACUUUGUGGGGCCCUGUGGAGCCAGGUGGAGUGGCUGUGGCACCUCUGUGCUGCUACCACCGGCUUCGCAUCCAGCUGCUUGCUGCUACCCUACACGCCGCCCCCCUCCCUCCCCCCCCCACUGGCGCCACCGCCAUUGGCUUCUUCAUAUCCAGGGUGUGCAGGAUCGAGUCGGGGGUGGGGCCCCAUACAAGCUGAUUUGCACCCUGUUCGGGUCAGCUCUGCUAAUCAGUAUCCAAAACACCUACAAUCUUGAUUGUAAUCAGCAAUUUGCAAAGUGACAUGGUAGGUUGUAUACAUAAAUAAUAGAAAAGUGAAUUAAAAUAUUCCAAUUAGUUUGGAAUAUUUGUUAUUCUCUGUUAAGAUUUCUCUUCCUUUAAAACAAAGGAAUCUUACUCAGAAUGCCUUCCCAUUGAGACAACACUUAAAUCCUUUGCCCUUACAUGCAAGUGUGGCAAGAAUUUUGGUGGAAAGAAACAGUUAGUUAUACUGAUUAAACUCUCUAUUUUUAGUAGUUAAAACUGUUGAAAACCCUCUUAUUUCUGCCACUUAAAUUAACAUUGUCUGGUCUUAUCACUUUGUUCUUACCAUCCAAAAAGACAGGGUUGACUGGACAGAGUUGGUAAAGUGUUACUCUAUUAAUGUGUACAUUAACUGAUUUAUCCUCAGCAGUUCCCUGCUUUUUCAGCAUGGUUGGGAGCUUUAGAAAUGUGUAGAAUUUUUGUAAUCCCUGAAAUAAACAUCAUUUGAGAUUGUAAAUGACAAACUUUUGCCAGAGCCAGAAGAGCCUGGACUUGGACUACUACUAUGUUGUCUAAAAUCACUGACCACUAGUGCUGUUUCUUAUUCUGAGAAAUAUGAGCAUUGUGAGUUAGGACCUGAAUGCCCUUAACUAACUCCCCCUUGAAGUCUAAGGGUGCUCAGUACUCAAGGGUUGGGCCCUUGAGUAACAAGAAAGGGAUACUGCAUUGGUAGGCUGAUAAGAAACAGGACACAUUCCCAGCAUAGUAGCGAUGGUGCCUUCAGCACACUUCAAGAUGUUUUAAGUCUUGUAUGUACUUUUUUAAGAUUCUUUCAAAUGUUUCUAACUUGUUUAUGUACAUAAUUUUAUUGUACAUGCUUUUAUGAAGAUAAGUAGUUUAAAAAAAGGGUUUGUACUCAGCUUUUACUAAGAAAAAAUCAAACCCAGUUAUAAUGUUUACAUUAAUGUUCUUUGUGGUGUAGUCUCUCACUACCAUGCUAUCCUAAUCCUAAUAUUUUCAAAUAACCUCUGCAUAGACCAUUAAAGGGAUGGACGAUCUCUGCUAGCCUUGCAGUAUAUGGCAUGUUAUGGCAGAAGAAUCUGUUUCUUCUUGAUUAAGUGUGGGGUUUCCUGUAAGUGAAAUGAGUUCUGUUGAACUUUUCAUGGUUGUCUUACUCUUGUUUGUGUGGUCAGGGUUAAUAAUGGGAAAUGUACUAAUUCCCAUGCUCUACCUAGCCUGAAGUCCUUCGAGUUAAUAUCUCUUCCUUUGUUGGAUGUUGCCCUAGUGUGUUUAAUUUUGUCCAGUUAAGAUGAGAGCACUUUGCGUGAAGCAGAUUGUAGCUCUCCACUAAAAUUGUGUUAAUAUAAAUUAAUGUUCGAUUUGUAAAUACUUUGUAAAUUAGACUAUUGUUUAGUUUGGUCUGGACAAGCAAAACUUGUGAUGUUAUCUUUGAGCAUGUUCAGAUAUCUUUGGAGCUUUUGUUUUUUUGUUGGGUUUUUUUUUUCACUUGAAUUUACAGUAACCAUUUUAUCACUGUUUAAAGCUGCUUACGGGUUUCCUAGACAGUAUUCAGUUUCUGAAUAGCUGUUUACUUUCUGAGCUAUAGAAACAUUAUAUUUUGCUUUGAAAAAUAUACAUUUCCUUAUUUAAACAUGCAAUAACUGAAAAAGGAACAGGGUAAAGCCUUUAAUUUUUAGUGGAGGUAUAAAUAUCCUGAUAAAAAAAUAUAAGCCAGAAGGUUUAGUAAGAUAGGAAGCAGAAAUAACCUGCUGAAGUGAUGAUAAGGCAAAAUGACUAAGAGCCUUAUACUGAACUUAGAAUUUUUUAAAAACUAAAAUUGCAUCUUCAGCACCUUUUUUUAUUUGUGCUUUUUUUAUAAUAGUAAACAUCUUUCAUGACAUGGAACAGAUCGUGGAACAUUAAUUUUCAGAGUGUACACUUCCUAAAAUGUAAUUUCUAAACACAUCCUAUGUAACUACUCCCUCCAAAUUGGACUUAUGCGGUUUUAUUAAAUUUAAUCUAACAUGCAGAGGCAAUUGCA